AUGUCAAUAACUUGUGGUGAAAUUUUAACACUCCUAAAUACCGAAAUUGGUGAAGGAUGGUGGGAAGGGCGCAACGCAAAGGGAGAAACAGGUCUUUUCCCAGCAGCUUAUGUAAGAAAACUUACACCUGAUGAAUCAGCACCAACAAAAAUUGCUCCAGCCGCACCCAGAUAUGAUCAAGCAGCUGAUGAUUGGGGUGAGCAGCAAUUUAGUGCUGGGGACAAUAACUACCAACGUGCAACAUCUCAUGAUGAUGGUUGGGAUGAUGACUGGGAUGAUGACACAUACUCUGAAAUAGGUCCAGGAGCCCAACAACAGAAUAAAUCAAACUUCAACCAACAACAACCAUUAGCACCGCUCCCAGGAAUGCCAAUCAAUGACUACAACCAACAGAUUGAUGAUACAGCAUCAAAUUUUGGAUCAAGUGUAGAAGAGAAAAAGAAGGAUUCGAAUGCACUUUUAUCAAAGAAAAAGAAAGUGAAACCACGAAAAUCUCGGGAUGCUGAUUGUCUGAGUGUUAAUUUCCUCAAGUGUGUUCUUCACAUUUUCAACGUCGUAUUCUUGUUCGCCGGCGUGGGCGUGCUGACGGUCGGCGCGUGGACGGUAGCGUCAAGGCACAGGUUCGUGCCCCUGCUGCCCACCCCGACGUACCCGGCGAUAGCGUACCUGCUCGUCAUCGCCGGCGGCAUGGGCGUGCCCUUAAGCGCUCUCGGCUGUUGCGGCCUCAAGACUGAGAACCGCACCAGCUUGCUAUGUUACACAUACUUCCUGCUGUUCACAUUCAUAUUGGAGGCGGGCGCUGGAGGCAUCGCCUACUACUACGAGGUGGCGGUCGAGUACGAACUGAGAAACGAACUCAACAACACGUUCAUCGCGAACUACGCGCUGGACGUGGUUGUGACCGACGCCGUAGACGCCAUGCAAGCAGAGUUCCGGUGCUGCGGCGCAACGAAAUACUCGGAUUGGCGGCGCAGCGCUUGGCACGAGCACGACCCUCGGCUGCUGGUGCCAGACUCCUGCUGCAGGACCAUCACGUCCCGCUGCGGAAUGAGGGACCACCCGUCGAACAUCUAUUACAACGGCUGCGUGACCCCGUUCACGAGCCACAUACGCGAGCAGCUGAUCAUCCUGGCGGCGGUGGGGGUCGGGAUGUCGGUGGUGCCGAUAUUCGGCUUCCUCUUCUCGUCCACUGCCACUUCCACGUCCAGGUCCGCGUCGGCGCGAGACCUCGCCAAGGUCCGCAGCGACGCCCCCACGAAGCCCAGACCGCAGCCCCCAACACGCCAUAGAGCGAAACGCGCCCCACUACGCGCCCCUUGCCCACUUCACAACAAGAAGUCCCCCAACCCAAUAUCGACGAUCAGCGACAACGUCAGCAUU